GGAUGAGGGUGUGUUCAGUAUUAUAAAGAAUGAAGCUGCUUGUUCGGAACAGAGGAAAGCAAGACUAGGAUUCUAAUACCAGUAGUGGAAUUUCCCAUCACAACAAAUGGAGAUGGAAAGUUGGUCAGUUGAUCAAGUCUGCAACUGGUUGCUACUGAAAAACUUAGGAGACCUGGUUCCUAAAUUUCGUGAGGAAGAAGUGGGUGGCGCUGCUCUGUUGGCUCUUAACGACAGGAUGGUCCAGCAGCUGGUCAAGAAAAUUGGGCACCAGGCAGUGUUAAUGGAUCUGAUUAAAAAAUGCAAGCAGCAGACAGAAGGACCAGUUUUUACCUGCAAAGAGCCCUUCUCUGAGUCACCAGGAGAAUUCAGUGGAACCCAUGGCAUUCAGCUAACUGUUGGACAGGCGAAUUGUUUCUCUCCUAAUGAAAGCCGUGAUGAUGGAUCCAUUGAUCAAAGAGUUCUCAAACAAAAGAAAAACAUGAGGCAUGUUUUAGCAAGAUGCAAAGCAUUGCAAUGGACAAAUUCAUAUAUUCUGCCUGAGUUCCCUUAUGAUGUCAAAUGCAUAUUAGCAGAAAGAAAAUGCCCUGAUCACAGUGUGAGAAUAAGGAUAAUUGAAUUCUUGCAAGCUGACAUGACAAAGUAUCUUGAAGGAUCACUAUAUCCAACCACUCAGCAAUAUAAUGAUGUUGUCAAUGAAUUGCUCCAGGCAUACCCUUUUCUUGAUGAGGAUGGGAAUGGCUUUUUUCUAUGGAAACGAGCCCUUAAAGACCGUUUCAAGUAUGUGCGGAGACCGAUAGAUGAUGAUGAACAGGUAGUGAGAAAUAAAUGCAAGUUUGGACACAGGCGAGGGCAGACCAGAAAAUCUUCUCAAACCAGGUGCGAGAAGGUCCAAGGAGUGCAAACAAAAGUUAAAAACAUUUACAACGAAGACCUUGAUGUCGAGAUAAAUGAACAUAUCAGCUGGUUUAAGGAAGAAUAUAUGAAAACUGAGAGAAAUUGGGUAGAAGUGGGCAACAGGAUGACCAAGACUUUAGAAAUAAGAAGGAAGAUGAUCAAUAAAGAGAGGAAGCCUUUCAAAGAAAUUCUCAUGCUAUUCCCCUUUUUGAAGUGUCCUUCUCAGCUUUUUAAAGAAUAUCAUCUUUUAACACACAAAGACAUUUACAAGAAAACAGCUGAGAUUUUGGAAGCGUAUUCAGAGGACAUACUGACGUCGAAUGUGGUGAAGAAUAGCCCAGUUAUUGUUGCUCUGCAGAAGAAUCUAAAGCAGUACAUGGAAGAUGACAUUCGGACAUAUAUGAAGAUUACUGCCACAUGUUUACUUUUGCCAGAUGUUUUUGGAGAGGAUUCCUCUUUGCUUGCUGCUGUGAAUGAGGAGGUGAAAGUGUCAACACCAGUACUAGAAGUAAAAUACCCAUUUGAUGGAAACGUGUGUGAGUGUUCCCUGUACGUGGAGAAGGAGAAAUUGGCCCAGCUGGAUGAUUGUACAAUGGCCCUCGCUGCUCUGCUGGCUUCCUACCAUGUCUUUGGCAUUCCAUACCCCAAAAGACUGUACAAUACACUUCACUUUUUGGAGUCCCUCAUCUUUGAAGUCAAGUGUCCGCAGUUCCUUUCAGCAAAAAUCAAGUAAACUGGGAAAAAUGUGAAUAUACCAAUACUGAAUAUACCAAUACUGCCUGGCGUGCUCUGGUCCAUGGGGUCACGAAGAGUCGGACACGACUAAACGACUACAACCAAUACUGAAUAUUACUUAAUGUGGCUUUGGGGCAGAAUCCACUUGCAAGUAAUUCCUGGUUUUAUCAUUUGCCAUUUUGAUUGAUUUAAGUGCACUUUUUAGUAUAAUCUUGCUCCUUCAAAAAAGAAAAAGAAAAAAAGUUACCGUAGAUGUUUUAUGAACAUUUGCUUUUAUAGCAACUACCUUCUGCCAAAUACUCAUAUUCUUAACACCCAACUCGAAUGGGAUGUGGGUUGUUUUUAAUGUUUCCAUGAAUAUCCUGUCCCUCUAGUUUCAUAACUUUGUUAUUUCCUAACAGUGUUCAUAAAAAUGUAAUGCAACUUGAUUUUAAAUAACUACCUAUGGUCCUGUGACAAAUGUAUUUUAAUUUUAAACGUGUUGACUCUGUAUCUAAUGCAUCCAUGCUAGAUUGUGCAGUUCUACCUUGACUUAAAAGAAACAUUCCUCAAGAGAGCCAUUAAAAAUAAUCAUAAUGCGGCAAGAAUGGGAGGUUCAUGUUGCCCCAAGCCAGUGGAACCACUUUUAUUUCUAGAAGUAUAGAAGUAUAGUAUAGAAGUAAGGGAAGUAUAAAAGUAAGAGAACGAUAGCGCAUGUACAACGUGAGAUGAUCCCUUGCCUAUCUAGCUAACAUGAAAAUAUAUACCAUGUGUGAAAAAUGACAUACUUACUUCCCACACUAAUUUAGCCAGCCAUGUGGCAAUGUAAGUAACCCCAUCAUCUAGUUGUUUACAGAUGUUACCAGAGGACUGAACCAUAGCAAAGCUUCUCUUUCCACUCUCUUAGCUUGUGAGAAUACCACACACUGCUCACGUGUUGAAGUGUGGAGGUUAGAAUACUCUCUCUCUAUUAACACUCUGUUAACAGAUAUUAACGGGCUCCAGUACCAAAUUCUACACUUCUAAAGCACACUCAGUAGUCUCAUUUGCACAUCAGAGUAAACUAUUACUCUGGUUUAUCACGAAGGGGCCUUUCUAGUCUGUAUCUAGUCUGUGUGCUAGCACACAAAAGAAGAGAGCCAUGACCCCUGACUUAGCAUUACAUCCAAUGGUUUCUUAUGCUCCAAUAAAUCAGUCAGUAAGCCAACAACAAACCUUGAGUACGUAUUGUGGCUUGUUGGAACAAUGCAAUCUAAUUCAUAACACCCCUGCUUCAUGUUUCUUUUCUCUUGUGCCGCAAGCGCAAGUCACAAGACAACUGGACUUUUACAAGUGAAAAAUUCCUUUUAGCUGUAACAUAAAUUUUACUUGACUGUCUGCUUGGGCUUUUCCCUAUCUCUUGUCCUAUCUUUAAAUUACUGAGGGUAAUGCAUUAUUCCUGCUCAAAUAGAUUUUUAAAUUCCCCAAGGAAUUGGAGAUUUUAGUUGUAGAAUUUAAUUUCUAUCUUUCGUCUUAGAUUUGUGGACUAAAUAU